GACCCCAACUUAACCGAAACCCAACCCGGACUUCCCCGUUACCGCUCAAAUAUUGCCAACUUUGGAUUUUCCCUCCCCCGCUAACCAAUCGGAUCGCUGUUACUAGGCAGACUUGAGAGGCUGCCGAAACAAGCGAGGCGCUCUGUCUCCGGGAGGCGGCAGGGACCAAUAGCAGAAGGGGCCGGCUGGUGUAUCUGGGCAGAUUGGGGCGGAACCAACCAAUCAAAAAAAAAAAAAAAGGCUCAAGCAACGAGUGGAGCCGGGACCGUGAAGCCGACCUAGAGUCGAGGUGGCUCCGAGUUCUGGUGCCAGGAUGGCAGAAGAUGAACCCGAAGCCAAGAGCCCAAAGACAGGUGGAGCAGCUCCAGGCAGUGGGGAUGCUGGGGAACCUACCACUCUCCUACAGAAACUCCGAGGGUCUAUCUCCAAGGCGGUACAGAACAAAGUAGAGGGGAUCCUGCAAGAUGUGCAGAGGUUCUCGGACAAUGACAAGCUGUACCUUUACCUUCAGCUCCCCUCAGGCCCCAGUGGCGGAGAUAAAAGCAACCUGGAGCCAAGUGCGCUGAGCCAUGACGAGUAUAUGUAUGCCUACAGAUGGAUUCGAAACCACCUAGAAGAGCACACAGCCACCUGCCUGCCCAAGCAGGAUGUCUAUGAUGCUUAUAGGAGGUACUGUGAGAGCUUAGCCUGCUGCCGGCCACUCAGCACCGCCAACUUUGGCAAAACCAUCCGGGAAAUCUUCCCUGACAUCAAGGCCCGGAGGCUGGGAGGCCGGGGCCAAUCCAAAUACUGCUACAGUGGUAUCCGAAGAAAGACACUGGUAUCUAUGCCACCCUUGCCUGGACUUGACCUCAAGGGCUCAGAGAGUCCAGAGUCGGGCCCAGAAGUGGGCCCAGGUCCUCGGGAUGAACUAGUGGAAGCAGCCUGUGCCCUGACCUGUGACUGGGCCGAGCGUAUAUUAAAACGCUCCUUCAGUUCUAUCGUCGAGGUGGCCCGAUUCCUGCUGCAGCAACAUCUCAUCUCUGCGCGAUCUGCUCAUGCACAUCUACUCAUGGCUAUGGUGCUCAAUGAUGAACCUGAUCGGCUUCCCCGGGAUCCCUCAUCUGCUACCAAGAAUGGUCUGGAGAACCCAGAUGGGAGAGCCUCUAAAGGUCAGCCCCAGCCCCCCAAGGAGUUGGAGCCCCGAACUGGGUCUGCCCCCCCUGUUCGCGGAGAGCGAAAGAAAACUGCAGAAACCUCAACCCCAGCAGCCAGCAGUCCCCAAGUGAAUGCACUGGUUGCCCGACUGCCUGUGCUCCUCCCCCGAGUACCCCACCCACAACUUCCUCGGCCUCUCCGAGUCUCCCCACCAGUCCUAGCCCCCAAACUUCCCUCAGGUACCCUCAAAGUCACUACACUGCCUUUGCCCAGUGGGGCUGGGGUAUCCCGGGGGGCUCUGCCCGUCAUGAUCUUGCCCACCGUAUCUGCUGUGCCUAUACCUGGGCGACUGGCACCUGAAGCUCCUCCCCAGUCGCAGGGCCUUGAGAAAAACAGGGAGGUAGGCCCACGGGGCAAGGGAGUGAAGAGGACAGCUGAAGUGCCUGUGAGUGAGAGCAGAGGACAAGAGCUAGCAGCCAAAGUAGUGAGCCAGGAUACAGAAGAAAUAGGGAUCGAUGCUAAGCGUAAAAGAGGGCGUCCUCCUCGAAAGAAAUCAAACGGUGAGGGGGAACACAGCUCCUCCCCUGAGAAGCUACUGCCUGCUGCAGACCCGGCCCCUUCCCCCAGGGUACCGCAGGAGUCUUGGGGCUUUGGAGGGAACAGUGAUCUAGCCAGAGGGUCAGUGGGAAAGGGGGAGGAGGGAAAAGUGCCUUCUUUUGGCCAGGAAGAUGGCACUGAUUUCAAGGGAGGAAGGGGACCUGGUGCCCAACAUGCCAAAGAAACAGGGAACAAAACUCCUGUCACUUCUAAAGUGAGUGUCAUCAAGGGCAACAAACGCUGGGAGGCAGCCACCCAGUCCAUGAGGAAAGAGGCAACAGAAACCACAGGGCAAGAUAGUAAAGAUCCCAAAGGGAAUGUGUCCCAAGGCUCCCUAUUCUUUGGACGUAAAGAUCCUAAAGCAGCACCCCCUUAAUAGGUACACGGUGGGGUGGGGGGAGUUUGAAUAUCCCUACAUGCACCUAAUCUGUCCAUCUAAGAAGGGUCCCUUUUCUCUGAUCCUGCUUGCUAUAUUGGCUGUGCCCUUCCCAAGGGAGAACUGUCCUAGUCCUUCCCCUUGUGGAUUCCUGUGUUCCAGUCUGACCAUGUCUUGUCCCUUCCUCCCUUUGCCUUUCCCAGCCUAGUUCUCUUGGCUUCAAUGCUACCUACCAAUAAACCAGACAUGCCCUCCUACCGUCAUCUCUGUGCCUUUCUUUCAGGAAGUCAAGGACCACAUAGGAGCUGAAUUGUUUUGUCAGUUUACAGGUUGAACAGUCAAGCCCUAAUAGAACAAAAGCAUUUUAAAGCUGAAAAGAGCCUUAAAAAGCAGUGCAAAUAAGGAAAGGCCUAUGGGGUUAAAAGAUUUGUUCAAAUAUAUCAUGUAUUUGUCUAAGCAUAUUUUCCCUAAGUCUGUUGCUGUUGUUCACUCAUGUCCUCCUCUCUGUGACCCCAUCUGGCAAUGAGAUUGGAGUGGUUGCCAUUUUCUUCUUGGAGACAAGCAGGGUUAAGUGACUUGCCCAGGAUCACACAGCUAGUAAGCAUCUGAGACCAGAUUUGAAGAUGAGCCUUCCUAAUUCAGAGCCCCAGUUCUUUUAUCUAUCUUCCUCUUUUUCUGGUCAACCUUACUAAUCUAGCCUAUUCCUCUCUGGACAUUAAAAUUGCUUUGACAUGUAAU